AUGGUAAAUGAUGAAGAGACUUUGGGGAGGCAGGAGAAUGAAAAUCUACAACAGUCAUGCAACAAGACUUGCAAAUGUGAUUGCAAGGAUGGACCCAACACAAUUUGGGGAAUGGCACCAGGAUCCUCAAUGCUAGAAUGUAUGCCAGAGUGUCCUUAUCACCGAGCUCUUGGGUUUGAAUCUGGAGCUGUAACAGAAGACCAGAUAGGUUGUUCCAAUGAAGACCAAUAUACAGGAUGGUAUUCCUCAUGGAUGCCAAACAAAGCAAGACUCAACAGUCAAGGUUUUGGGUGCGCAUGGCUGUCAAGGUAUCAAGAUAAUCAGCAAUGGCUUCAGAUUGACCUGAAGAUGAUCAGAGUUAUUUCUGGCAUCAUUACUCAAGGACGAUGUGAUGCUGAUGAAUGGAUGACAAAGUACAGUGUUCAGUACAGAUCUGACGAAACCUUUAAUUGGGUUUACUAUAAAGACCAGACUGGAAACAAUCGGGUAUUUUAUGGGAAUUCAGACAGAACAUCAUCUGUGCAGAAUUUUCUGCGCCCUCCAAUUGUUGCUCAAUACAUCAGGAUUAAGCCCUUGGGCUGGCAUGUUCGGAUCGCUAUCAGAAUGGAGCUGCUUGAAUGCAUGAAUAAAUGCCAGUCAUAA